UGGCCGGAAGAAAACAUGCACUGGAUCCCGGUUGGUGCGUCGCUCUUCGCCAGUAAUAUCGGAAGUCUUCACUUUGUGGGAUUGGCCGGCUCAGGAGCUGCGUCGGGAAUCGCCGUGGGCAACUACGAAUUGAACGCUAUGUACGUGGUGUUGAUGCUGGGCUAUCUUUUCUUGCCAGUCUAUAUCGCUUCUGGGGUGUACACUAUGCCGGAAUACCUGAAGCGGAGGUUUGGUGGACGGAGAAUACAGAUGUACCUGGCUGUGCUAGCUCUCCUCGUAUACAUCUUCACCAAAAUAUCGGCAGACUUGUACGCAGGAGCAAUUUUCAUUGAGCAGUCUCUGAAUUGGGACAUUUACUUCGCAAUCCUCCUACUGCUGGCAGUGGCUGCUCUGUUUACUAUCACAGGUGGUCUCACAGCAGUGAUCUGGACAGACUUUGUUCAGACGAUCAUCAUGAUUGUUGGAGCGUUUGCACUGAUGGCUCUGAGCUACAUCAAAGUGGGCGGGUUCUCUGCCAUGGUAGAGAAGUACCCCAGUGCCAUUCCCAACACGACACUGAACAGCAACACCUCAUGUGGGUACCCGCGGAAGGACUACAUGCACCUCAUCCGUAGCGCGUCCUCGGGCGACAUCCCGUGGCCAGGGAUCAUAGGGCUCACAAUCAACUCCAUAUGGUAUUGGUGCUCUGAUCAGGUAAUUGUUCAGCGAGCAUUGGCUGGGAAGACCUACGAUCAUGCAAAGGCUGGGACAAUUUUUUGUGGCUACCUGAAGAUUCUUCCACUGUUUCUUAUUAUUUUUCCAGGAAUGAUUGCGCGAAUCUUGUUUCCAGACACUGUUGGCUGCGCGGACCCAGACGUGUGCUACGAGCUGUGUGGCAGUCGCGCAGGUUGUGCUAACCUUGCCUAUCCCACUCUAGUGCUUAACCUCAUGCCUCCAGGCGCUCGUGGUUUGAUGUUAGCGGUGAUGCUGGCUGCGCUGAUGUCCUCUUUGACCUCUAUCUUCAACAGCAGCAGCACCAUCUUUGCCAUGGACAUGUGGACAUUAGUCAGGAAGAAAGCCUCUGAGCUUGAAAUCAUGAUUGUCGGCAGGAUAUUUGUGGUGGUCUUGGUGGCCAUCAGUAUUGUGUGGAUCCCGGUUAUCAAGGCGUCCCAGGGCAGUGACCUCUUCGUCUACAUUCAGGUCGUCUCCAGCUUCCUUCAGCCUCCGAUCUGUGCUGUCUUCCUCCUCGCUAUCUUCUGGCAGAGACUUAACGAGAAGGGAGCUUUCUGGUCUCUGAUGACCGGACUGGUAGUAGGGAUGGUGCGCUUCAUCGUGGAGUAUUCCUACACGGUGCCCAACUGCGGAGACGAUGCUCCGGAUCCUCGGCCCGGCAUAGUGACAAACUUUCACUACCUGUACUUCUCCAUCUUCCUCUUCCUGCUGACGGGCAGUGUGGCCAUUGUUGUCAGCCUUCUUACCAAGCCCAUAGAUCCCAGAUGUCUUCAGCGCUUGACUUACCUGACGAGGCACAGUACAGAGAAGAGGAUUGAUGUAGACAUAUUUCAGUCUGACACGGCCUCAUCAAGUGAAGAGGACAGUGCAGAGGCGGAAAUUAAGGCGCAGAAGAAACUGUCAGAGAUCAACAUGUUGGAAAUUGAGGUUAUCCCCAGGGAAACCGAGAAGGUGGCUCCUAGCAGUAAAACUGCAGAGAAGACAGAUCUUCUGAACGGAGAGAGAGGAGACGGUGAUGUUGAGGCGAAUGCUGUGGGCAAGAUAAGUGAGGAAGGAAAGGAGGCCGAUAUCACUCCGUGUUGGAGGAAAAUGUUCAACUGGAUCUGUGGUAUUGAAAAUCUGACGAAAUCAGGUGCUAAGAAGACCGUGACUCGCUACGAAAUGCGGUCGAUCAAACAAAAUCCGAUUGGGAAGAAUGUGACAAAUGCAUUGGCUGUCCUGUUGAUGGCUAUAGGAAUGUUCUUCUACGGCUACUUCGCUUGAAACAUCGGGGGUGAAGUUUGAUUCCUGACUUUGAGGAAGG